AUGCUGCAGCUGUGGACGUUGUACGGUCUCUGGCGCUUGAACGCCAACUUGGGCGAGUUUCGCAUGGACGAUCACUUGUCGAGCGCCCAAGGAGCGUGGGUCCAGGACGAGCUGCUGGCCCUUUUGGCCGUCGUGCGGCCGAAUGCGAUCGCGCUCGUGGACGGGUUUGGCAUGUCGGACUUUGAACUGAACUCGACGAUCGGGCGGUACGACGGGGACAUUUACCGUGCGUUGAUUGCCCGGGCGGCGACCGAGCCGCUCAACCAGACCGACGUCGUGCCAGGCUACCACCAAUUCCUCCAACCCUUGCUUACGGCAAAACUCUGA